AUGGUAUACCAAACGUUUCCAUUUCGUCUGUACAGCAUCCUUGAAGAGUCUGCCAAAGACGAAGAGGAGUCUAGCAUCAUAUCGUGGACUCCAUGUGGCAAGAGCUUUAAGAUUCAUGACCUCGAUUCCUUUCAGGAGCGCAUUUUGCCAAAGUACUUGCCCAAGCAAAACAAGUUCAAGUCAUUCAAGCGACAGCUGCAGUACUAUAGCUUCACAAACUAUGGAGCCAAUCUCUAUGGGCAUCCUUCGUUCCUAAGAGAUGACAAGUCGCUUCUGUCUCAGAUUGAACACAGAGCAAUGAAGAAGACGAAGAUGACCACUCUGGCUUCUUCCUCUUCUUCCAAGCCAUCAAGCACAAACGAUUCCAAAGCAUCGGCCUGUGCUGAUCUCUCGAAAGAAGAUUUGAGUACUCCCAGUGCCACUGCUUCCACUACUGCUGCUACUUCAAGCUUGUAUUCUGUGCGAGGUAGUAGUGGUAGUAGUGGUAGUAGCAGUGCUAGAAGUGCUACGAUGGCUUCUAUAAUCGAUGAUACUUUGCGAUCAUCACAGUUUGCAGCAGCUUCCAGAAUCCCCAGAGAAGCUGCUUCUCUUCACGACCAACUUCUGUUGUCGCUUGCGUCUCCCUUAUUGCAAGGAGCAGGCCGCAACCUGGCUUCGCUACCGAGGAGCAUGCUAAUGUCUGGAGGUAUUAGUCAACCCUCUAGUACCACAGAUGCUUUGCAGUCAUCGCAAAGUUCAUCCUCCAAGAAAGUAGAGGAGAACCUCCUAUCCACCCUUAUGGCUCAACAACUGCUACUACCAUCCUCCUCCUCGUUGACAUCACCUUUGAAAUCGCAACAACUGCAGCAGCACCUAUUGACACUCGAAUUGGGGUAUCAUGGAUAUCAACAACAACAGCAACAACAACAACAACAACAACGCAUGAUGAUGAAGCAACAGCAAGAUGAACUUCGGCUCAUUCUCGCCUUGACGGGCAAUCCAAGUGCCGAACAACGAACUUUUGCUCAACAACAACAGCAGCACUUCCAGCAGCAACGAGAGAGUCUCGAGAAGUUGGCCCUCUUGAACGGAGCCCUACAUCAAUAUGGAGCAUAG